AUGGGUCUGAUGUCUUCGAAUUCAGCACAGGUUGCUGUUUCCCUUCUAACAGUGUUGUUCGUGAUUGUUCCCAAUAUCUCAGACGGUGUUAGCGUUUUCCCAAACUGUGUUACCAACUGCACGGAUGUGGGACUUCCUGGAAGUUAUGCGGAUUGCAGUACGUGCUACAGGUUCUUCAUCUGUGUUGGCAGACGUACUCUCGUGAUGACGUGUCCGGGACUGCUCUACUACGACCACAUCGUCGGGGUGUGCAGCUACUACAAAUCAAAGUACUGUGGGUCAUCCAGUUCGACAGAGGGAAGUAUCACACGUGAGCCAGUAAAGAACACACUGAAACAGAACGAGACCUUGUCGUCUGCCAACAUACCGGACGAUUCUUCGCACGUGGUUCAAGUCUCGCCAUCUCUCACGUUACUGGAACUCGGCGAUCGGCCAACUCCUAUAGGUUGCAUCUACAACUGCUCUGACGUCACUCUGUCGGGCCGCUACUCCGACUGUACGUCGUGUUCUCACAUGAUCGUCUGCAUCGGGCAGCGCAUGACGAAGGUGCGGUGCCCCCCGCCCCUCCACUAUGAUCCGUCCCUCGGCGUGUGUAACUACCACUGGAAAGUUAACUGUCGCAGGAAACCUUCACCAGGUAGCGACGUCGUCGUUUCCAAGCACGCCGUUCGCAGUAAUGACAGGUGUAUUGACGACUGCGCUGAAGUUAAGAUUCCAGGCAAAUAUGCGAGCUGUCAGUCGUGUUCCACCUUCAUUCUAUGCACAGGGCAGAAAACGUUCGUGCUGACCUGUCCCAAGACACUACACUUCGACUUGGUUAACAAACGAUGUACAUUUGCCAGCUCCGUGGAUUGUCGAGAGGAAGCAGUCGGUGACUUUGCAACUGGAGAUGUUGCAUCAGGUUCAGCAAUGGCAACACCCAAUAAAUCAGUUGAAUCCAGUCUUGAUUCCAUUUCUGAUCCAUCGACUAUCACAGACGUGUUAGAGGGGUUUGACGGUGCUAUACGCAGACAGAUGGGUAAUUUACUGAACUUCGCACAGGACGACAGCCAGGAAUCUGAAAUGGAACGACAAAAGCUUGACGUUCUUUCAAAAACUGGCGACCAGGAAACGAGAAGAGGGUUGCUAGCUGCUGACUCCACUGAUACAAGCUUGGUACACCUUGGAGAUGCAAAGUCAAGUUCUUUCCAACUGGCAGUGAAAACUGCUGAUGAGCUGACGAGUCUAAAAAAAUUCUUUUGUCAAACAUUUAACGCAGAUCUUGAUCUGCAUCUUUCCCUCUGUGAGAACUAACAAAUGUCAUAUAAUUAGAAUCUUUGAAUCGCGUGUGGAGUGUGACAUAAUUAAACGCUAACGGCUAUGUUACAAUUGUCCAAAACUUUCUGAUACUCGAUCCUCUCUAUAAAGGCUGCCUAACCUGUUAUUAAUAACGUUCAUCAGCAAGUGUCCUUUAUAAAAAGAUAAAAUUCAUAUUUUGUGGGUACCGAAGAAAUGCACUAAUCGGUUUAACUGUAACAGAAACUAGCCUGUAUUAACAGGGGCGUAUUCAGGAAAUAUUGUGGGUAGAACUAAGGGUAAAAGGGGCUCAUGGACUAUCUCAUGACAAGGGCAAUCUAAUGAAAUUCCUUCAAAGCCAGCAAAUAAGAAGUACUUGGAUAUAUUGGUAUUUAGGGGAACAAUCCUGUAACACCCUCCACCCACCCGCCCGCUUGGUUCCGCCUCUAAUUAAUCGACCCACUGUGUUAAUAGGCAAUUUUUAAUACUCUUACAAUCAACAUUUUCACAAGGGUACAAAGUGUGCUCUGUUUGUUGCCCCCUACUUCCUUCUACAAAUGUAGGCUACAUCAAAAAAUAUAUUUUAUGUUUAAAAAUCUCUAACUAUCGCUCUCUCUCUCGCUCUGUGGAUACCUUUUCUUGGUGUUUAUGAUGCAUGCACUAUACAAUUGGGAUCAUAUUAAGUUAUAUUGUCUUGAGAACUCGACUAUGAUACCCUUGGUAUGUAUCUUAGCAUAAAUACAGGGUGUUUUUUAUUGCAUGCACCAGAAAAGAAAGACGGCUGUUUACAACGUACGCAUUGCUGAAUCAUCAACACAAAAGGUUACUUUUCAAGUGUAAUAAAUGUU